CGCGUCCGUCAGACUCGCGCUCGUUUGAGGCAGAGACGCCCAUUUACGGUACUUUUGUAACGGUCACAUGCCCCAAAUUAGGUUUGCGCUUAAGCCUAAUUGACAUAAAAUGCAGUGACGUCACAAACCGAAUCAGCACUUCACGGGAGGAGGGGGCGGGGUACGUGUGCGUUCUGCACGUGACUACUUUUCCCGCGUGCACGUUUGCACCUGCUAACCGUGACGUCAUCGCCUUUAAAAUCAUUACAUUCCAGUCAAUGGAUUGUUGAUUAAUCGUGUUUGUAGGUAAACAUGGCGGUGGAGAAGCGCCUGGCGUUUUCUAUCGUCCAGUUCCUACGGGAUCAGACGCACGGCGGCACGUUGAAUUCUGACGAACAGGAGAGCUUGGAAGUUGCCAUCCAGUGUUUGGAGACCACCUUCAAGAUCACCUCCAGUGAUAGCCACCUGGCGGCACCGCAGCCCCUCAUGGAGGUCUUCCUUAACUCUCUGCUCAAGAACGACAACCUUAGCUCGCCAGUGACAUCACCUUCGCCUGAAGAUGCUGAACGAGCUGAACAGCUGAAAAACGAAGGUAAUAACCACAUGAAAGAGGAGAAUUACAGAAGCGCAGUGGAGUGCUACACCAAGGCCAUAGAUUUAGACCUGAGGAACGCUGUCUACUACUGUAACAGGGCGGCUGCUCAUAGUAAGCUGGGCGACUACACAGAGGCGACAGGCGAUUGCGAGCGAGCCAUCGGGAUUGAUCCUGGCUACAGCAAAGCGUACGGAAGGAUGGGUCUGGCACUGACAGCCAUGAACAAAUACCCAGAGGCCAUCUCCUAUUUCAAGAAAGCCCUGGUCCUGGAUCCGGACAACGACACGUACAAGUCCAACCUGAAGGUGGCUGAGCAGAAACAGAAGGAAGUCAGCAGUCCCAUAGCCGCUGGUUUGGGAUUCGACAUGGCCAGUUUAAUCAACAACCCCGCCUUUAUCAGCAUGGCGGCCAGUGUAAUGCAGAACCAACAAGUACAGCAGCUAAUGUCGGGAAUGAUGUCCAAUGCUGUGGGAGGCCCGGCUGCUGGAGUGGGAGGACUGAGCGACAUUUCCAGUUUGAUUGAAGCGGGGCAGCAAUUUGCCCAGCAGAUCCAGCAGCAGAACCCAGAGCUCAUCGAGCAGUUACGCAAUCACAUCCGAAGUCGAUCAUUCAGCGGGAGCGCGGAAGAGCACUCCUGACAUCUCAGAAUCUCACCAAAUCAAGCUGGAUCCCGCGGAGGUGAUUGACAGCUAAGACCCAAUGUGAGUCCAGUGGUAUGUUGACUUACGAGUGCGCCAUUUUACGAGUUUCUAAUGCCGUCACCCUGGUUGAUUUAUAAGCAAGCCGCACAAAGUUAAAGAGCCGGCCAGCAUUCCGAUCACCAUUUGAGAUAUGAGUAAAUUUCUUUAGUUGAGUCAUGGAACACCUUUAACUCGUGAGUCAAGGUCCCGCUCUAUCACAGCAUCCAGUGUUGCUUUUUAGUCAUGUGACUGACACGCCUGCAUUGUGACUUUGUCAUUGCACUUUAGCACCACUCAAUAAUAUACUACUGAACACUUCAAAACUGUAUGUUAUACAUGUGUAAGGUUGCUCCUCCUGCAUGCUUUUAAAUCUGGUAUUUGGCAUCAGAAGCUUUAUGGAAACAAAUGAGCCACUGAGAACGAACUGGGCUGAUUCGAUUUUUGUGUCAUUUUCUGCGAGACUGCUUGGAAGUUACAAUGCAAAUAGCUGCCACUUACUGUAGUAGUUCAAGCGUCUGCCAACUCGUGUCACCAUUUCAUCAGAAAUGUUGAGUUGUGUAAUGGACUGAACCAUAAUUAACAUCUGAAAAUGUAUGUGUAUGUGGUUGGGUAGCCCACUCAAGUUGCCAGUGUCUCAAAUUAGCUCUGCUGGGCCAGGAAGAUGCUUCCUUCCAAUGACUACAAAAAUAAAAUGUCAUGAAUUCAA